GGAAGAAUGAAAAUAGCUACUAAAUUAAGAAUCUGACAGUUAGCUCCAUGAUAUUUGAACAGUGAAAAAGUUGUAUCAUCUCGUCUUACUGGAUCGAUCAAGCUACAGACGACUUUUCCCCCCAGCCGCGAUUUUUUCCCAAGCAUACCAUUUGAUAACAUGGCACACUUCAACUUUGAAAAAUUGAUAAGUGAGGUGACCAAACUUGAUGGACCUUUGCAGUACGGGCAAAAGAGUAGAUAUGAAAGAAAGGCUAUUGAGGCAUCCUUGAAAAUUCAGAAAGGAUCAGACUCCGGCACAGGACUGUCACCAAGGUCGAAAUCAAGUGACAAUUCAGGAAAAACACCAAAAGGACUGUCCCAGUCAAAAACGCCCGGGAAGUAUGGGAAGAUGCCAUUACAGAAAGGGAAGACUCCAGUGAAGACUCCCAGUAAACAGUCAGGCCCUGACAGAUUUAUUCCAAGCCGUUCAUCACAAGACAUUGAUGUCAGCCAUUAUGCCAUUAUGAAAGAGAUUGGAGAAAAUGAAGAAAAUGACCCAGACUGUUCUCCAUCAAAGGCUCCCUAUCAGAAUCAGCUUAAUAGUGUUCUGAACAAGGGGGACGAUCCACAGGAGAUAAAGAUCCUGUCCUUCAACAACAAAUGCCCAGCUGCCACAGGGCAUGACAACAGAAUGAAAGUAUUAUACUCGUAUAACAAAACAACACUCCCAAAGUCCUCAACACGCAACAUUCCACAACAGCCGGAUCGGAUUUUGGAUGCACCGGAACUUCUGGAUGAUUACUAUCUAAAUCUCCUAGACUGGUCCACAUCCAAUAUUUUAGCAGUGGCUUUAGGAACUGCAAUCUACCUCUGGAAUGCAACAACAUGUACCAUUCAACAACUGCUGAAUAUGCAGUCGGAGAAUGAUUAUGUAACAGGGUUGUCCUGGACCCCUGAGGGAGGCAUACUGGCAGUGGGGACCAACUCGGGAGCUGUACAGCUCUGGGAUACAGAAGCUGAGAAACUGCUGCGAGUGAUGACUGGACACGCGGCUCGUGUAGGAGCUUUAUCUUGGAACUCGCAUAUUGUCAGCAGUGGAUCUCGAUCUGGAGCCAUCCAUCAUCAUGAUGUUCGUGUUCCUGAUCACCAUGUUGGAUCUUUAGUCGGACACACCCAGGAAAUUUGUGGUUUAACUUGGUCACCUGACGGCCGUCGAUUGGCAAGUGGCGGCAAUGAUAAUGUGGUCAAUGUAUGGGACACCACAUUGGCACUGGAAGGUGUUGCACCUAUUCAAAUAUUUACUCACCAUCUUGCAGCUGUAAAGGCUUUAGCUUGGUGUCCAUGGAACCCAGUUAUACUAGCCUCAGGCGGAGGAACUGCAGACAGACACAUUCGACUGUGGAACAUUUCCAAUGGGGCAUGUGUUAAUGCCAUAGACACAAACUCACAGGUGUGUUCAAUACUCUGGUCCACUGACCAUAAAGAAAUGAUCUCAGGCCAUGGCUAUUCACAGAACCAGCUGACCAUUUGGAAAUACCCUCAGAUGAACAGAAUUGCAGAGCUAACAGGGCAUGAGGCCAGAGUACUGAGUUUAACCAUGUCUCCAUGUGGCACAACAGUGGCCAGUGCAGCUGCUGAUGAAACUAUCAGAUUAUGGAAAUGUUUUGUCAAUGAUAAAGAGAAGGUCAAGAAAACCACACAAAGCAAGUCUGUAAAGGAAACAUUUUCCUUGCCGUCCAGCAUACGUUAGAUUCCUGAACUCUGUAAAUUUGUGCUUGGUAAAAGGGAUGAGCUCAGAACCAUAGAGGCCACCGGUACUAAGUCUGAAACAGCUGUUUGCAAUGUCUUUCAGAUUCUUGUCAUUACUUGUACAAAGGUGCCAAUAUGAUAAUUGAACUUUCUGAAUGUAUCUAAUUUCUUACUGGUGGAGGAAAUUAAAUGACAAUAACCCUCUUUCAGGGUGGUUAAAAAUAAGAACAAUCUUGAGGAUUAUAAUUUAUAUCAUUGUUUAGUGUCCAGUUUUUUUAAAUGUAAAAUGUUCUGAAGUUUUAAAUGGUGUAUGUGUUGUCAGACCUCUCCUUUUAACUAUACAUGUAAUAUCUUUUCCUUUCCAUGAGAUGGUUUUUCUUUUCUUAUUAAGAAAAUAAUCGUUUUUUCUUGUAAGAUUUCUUGUCUUGUAUGAUCUCUUGUAUGCAUGUUAGAAUGGAGGAAAAUGUGCACAGUGUGGAUUAUCGGGUUCCCUGGUCAGAACGAUUAUUUUUUGUGUGUGAUCAGUAAUAAAUCAAUCGCAUCCAUGUUUUUGUAAAUUUUCAUGAAAUAAAAGAAUUAUACUAUUCA